AUGUCUCUCGGCAGAGCAGUCCGCAAUCAAAAGAAAUACAAACACCUCAAUGCAGUCAUCUCGUCCACAGUUUGGUCUCGCGACGCCGAGGUGAAGCUUCAAAAAUACCCUGAGAAUCCCAGGGUUGCACUCCUACCGUUACGCUCUCGGUGGGAAUGGAAUCAAUUUGUCUUCGUAAAAGAUAACAUAUGCACCAAAGAGGAUGCACCAGUUACAUGCGGAUCUGCAUUACUCGCUGAAUAUCGCAGUCCUUUCAAGGCAAGCGUCAUAUCUAAGUUGGAGGCACGUAAAGCGCCUAUCGCAGGUACUACCAAUCUGGAUGAGUUUGGGAUGGGGUCUGACACGACACACUCUCAUUAUGGUGUAACAAAGAACUCAUACUCUGACCAAUUAUCAGCCGGAGGUAGUUCUGGGGGUAGUGCAGUGGUCGUUGCCACGAACCAAUGCAGAUAUGCUCUAGGAACAGACACAGGAGGAUCGAUCCGUCUACCAGCUGCGUAUAAUGGGGUUGUGGGAUUCAAACCCUCUUAUGGGAUGGCACCAAGAAAGGGUGUGGUAGCUUACGCCAACUCGCUUGAUACUGUCGGUGUCCUCGCGCAGAGAACUUGGAAAGCUCUCAAUAUUUUGGCAUGCAUACGCUCCCAUGACGAUGGGGAUCCAACCAAUCUUCGUGCAUCGCAACGUGAGGGAAUAAAGCUUAGAGAGAAGCUCCACAGAGCCAAUCUGGAGAACACUGGUAUUAAAUUGCGUAUUGGGGUGCCAAAAGAGUACAAUACGCUUGAACUACAGCCUGUCGUCCGGGAUGCGUGGAUUCGUACCCUUCAGCUGCUCCAAUAUGCAGGCCAGUCAAUACAUCCAAUCUCAUUGCCAUCAACCCGGCUAGCUCUUUCGACAUAUUACAUCCUCGCUCCUGCCGAGGCCUCGUCAAACCUUGCUAGGUACGAUGGAAUCAGAUACGGAAGGAAGAAAGAGCGAUCAGACGCAAGCAGUGAACGCCUUUUUUCUCAGACUCGAGGUCAAGGCUUGGGAGAAGAGGUAAAGAGGCGAAUUCUCUUAGGCGCUUACAGCCUUAGUGCUGGCGCUAUUGACAACCAUUUCAUUCAAGCCCAGAAGGCUCGCAGACUUGUUCAGGAAGAAUUUGACAGAGUAUUUGCAUUCCCUAACCCACUCAGGGAAAAUCGAGAUGUCUCAGACGCGAAUACAGAAGAAGGUGUGGAUAUGAUCAUCACGCCUACCGUGCAAUCAUUACCUCCAAGAUUGGAAGAUGUAAGGGCUAGACACCCCGUCGACUCAUAUAGCGCAGAUGUUUUGACAGUCCCGGCAAGCCUGGCCGGACUUCCUGCGGUCAGCGUCCCGGUGCCUGUCCCCAGAGAGUACGGCCCUGUAGCAGAAGGUGUGCGCUCGACUGCAGUCCAGAUCAUCGGCCAAUUCUCUUGUGACAGCAUGGUGAUAAGGACUGCUCAGCUCAUCGAGGCCCUUCACGCUAUCACGGGCAACGACCUAGCGAAGGAGCUCACGCCAGAUCAAAUCAGUGGCGUCAAGGAUGUCAACGCUUUUAGCGAUACCUUUGUGGCACGGACCGUCAACGACCACGUACAUUAG